AUGGUAUUUUUAGUGUUUUAUCAUUCAAAUUCUGAACAUGUUUUACACUGUAGAGACCAUCAAGAUCUUCUUUAUCAUAACGAUUAUAUUUUCUCUUUCAGUUGCUCCCAAUAUCUCCAGCUCUUGCAGCCGAAGCAGUGUAACGAAGUGUGUCUGUGAGGCUCAUGGGAAUCCCUGCCCUACACUAGAGUGGCGUCUGUCCGGACAUGAGCUCGCUAACUCUACAGAAACCUCCAUCAGUGAGGAGACGUUAGGAAGCACAGGAGUGAAGAGUGUCCUGACCAUCCAUCAGUCCCUCACAGACACGGACGUCCUGCAGUGUUUCAGCACAAACAAACUCGGCAGCGUCAGAGCCAGCCAACAGUUUCAGGCCGUCCCACCGCCACAAGACACACGUUUCCAUCCUCCGUCGUUGCUGCUCGGAGCUGCUGUCGGAGCCUCACUGAUGAUGAUCGCGUGCAUCCUGAUGCUCUGCUAUGAACGAAGAAGGAAAGAAAAACCUUCAGAAACCAGAGAAGACGACACAUCUGGAUUCAUUCUGACUCAAACAGUGAGUUAUUCAUUCUCAAAGACACCGAUUGCACCUGAAUCUCUUCAUUAUUCCUCCAUCGACUUCACAAACGCUGACCCGCCGUCAGGAGAGAUCAGGGGCCUCGCCUCACUGACCAGUGAAUACGCUGCGGUCCGACACUGUCCUGCAGAGAAAAACACCUCAACAUCUGAGACAGAGCCCAAAAAACCAGACACUACAGCAAAGAUCACGGACUCGUCCUCACCCGCAUCAGAAGACGUGGAUUUAAUUGAAAACACGGGCCAUCGCUACAGACAGAAGGAAGCGCUGGUCAGCGCAGAUGAUGCUGAAAAACAAGACUGA